GUUCUUCCUCUGUCCUCAGCUCCAGGUAUAGGCCACCAGCCGGGCCAAUCACAGCCGCGCUCGGGUUAAUCAACAAACAGGCCCCGCCUCCCACGGCACCUGUAAUCCAAUCCGCGGCCUCCUCACAGGGGACACCUUGUUUGUUGCCGCGGCCCUCAUCCAGGAGUUUUCCACCUUAAAGAAGACGGGUCGGAUUUUCAGAACCAACUAGAAAGUCCAGUUCGACCGACAGAGAUGUCACAGGAGCAUGACAAUAAGCGAGCGGUGUUGGUUCUUCAGAACAAGCAGGGUUAUGGCAGCCAGCGUCGCUCCUUCACCACAGAGGACGAAGCCUGGAAGUCGUUUCUGGAGAACCCGCUGACCGCCGCCACCAAAGCCAUGAUGAGCAUCAACGGAGACGAGGACAGCGCCGCAGCUCUCGGCUUUCUCUACGAUUACUARGAGGUGCCCAGGGAAAAGAGAACAAUACAGCCCAAGACAGAGUCUCUGGUCUCUGAUGUGGAUCCAAACAAAAGGCACCAAAUCCAGGCCAGACACCCAAUCGUUCCAAUCCAAGAAGCCGGCAUGGAGAACCGGAUCCAAGUCCUCAAAGCGCCAGUUAAUAUUCUUCAGCUGACCCAGGACAAGAGGGCACAUUUCCCUUCCCCAGACACGACUGUCACAGUUUCCAUCGCCACCGUGCCAACCUACACGCCCGUCAAGACGGAGGGGCCGCCCCAUGGUCACGAUUUCACCGUGACCGUGCCGAACAACUGCAACGAAACCGAUGGCCACGUGGGCGUCUUCAACCGCCACCUCCCCCAGAACACUGUCCAGUGCAGCCCCGGCACCCAGGCCCGCACGCCCCCCGACUCCACCUUCACCGAGGGAUUCAAGGACGGUUCCCAGGAGAUGUUUUCCUUCCCGGGAGAUCUCCAGUUACGCAUGGCCUCCAUGACGCCUGAGGACUACACUCAGUUUGACACCYCGCCGGGGAGUAAUUUUGAGUACUCUCUCGAGGCGUCCAAGUCCUUGCGUCAGAAAACUGGUGACGGGACAAUGACGUACCUCAAUAAGGGACAGUUUUACCCGAUCACCCUCAGGGAGGUCGACAGCAAAGGCAUUCAACAGCCCAUCACCAAAGUCAGGAGCGUAGUGAUGGUGGUGUUUGGAGAAGAAAAGUGCCGGGAUGAUCAGCUGAAACACUGGAAGUACUGGCACUCCAGACAGCACACGGCUAAACAYAGGUGUCUGGAUAUUGCUGACUACAAGGAAAGCUUCAACACCAUUGGCAAUAUCGAGGAGAUUUCUUAUAACGCCAUUUCCUUCACCUGGGACACAAAUGAAGAGGCCAAAAUCUUCAUCUCCGUCAACUGCCUGAGCACGGACUUCUCGUCUCAGAAAGGGGUGAAGGGUCUUCCCCUGAACCUGCAGAUUGACACGUACAGCUACAACAACCGCAGCAACAAACCCAUCCACCGCGCCUACUGCCAGAUCAAAGUCUUCUGUGACAAGGGAGCAGAGAGGAAGAUCCGGGACGAGGAGAGGAAACAGUCACGCCGGAAAGGGAAGGGGCCCGAGCUGGCUGCCAGUCUGGCCUUUUCCGAUGUAAAAGUCCCCCUCCUCCAGAAGCGGAACGACGUGACCAUCUUCAAGACGAUGGCUGACCUUGAGACCCAGCCGGUCCUGUUCAUCCCCGACCUUCACUUCUCCAACUUCCAGCGCCACCCUUUCGCAGCAGAGGAGGGAGAAGACAGCACGGGUAUGAGGAGAUUACCCUUCAGUGAUGACGAGUUUGUUUCGCCACCGAACAAGAUGGCGAGAGUGGACGAGCCGAAGAAAGUCCUGCUGUACGUGCGCAAAGAAUCAGAGGAGGUGUUUGAUGCCCUCAUGCUGAAGAAUCCCACGCUGCAAGGCCUGGUGGAAGCUAUUUCAGAGAAAUACGAGCUGCCUCUGGACAAAGUUGGAAAAGUCUACAAGAAGUGCAAGAAAGGUAUUCUAGUCCACAUGGACGACAACAUCAUCAAACACUACUCCAAUGAAGACACCUUUCAGAUCAGCAUGGAGGAAAUUGGCGGCAUGUACAAACUAACCCUCACUGAGAUCUGAUUGGAGGAGCCAKACAGCGACGGGAAAUAAAUGGAGGUUUACACUUCUGGCUUUACAGCGAUUCUGGACUGGAUCUGAAACUUAAAUAAUGUGGUCUUUGUGCUGUUUGGUGUCAAGCAAGAAAGAAAGUCCAAAAAAUUGGUAAAUCAAAGCUGGACCUUUUUUAAAAAAAAGAAAACAAACAGUGCUAAAUUUGAGAUGUAAAUUUUGUGAUUAAAUAUAAGAUGUUUUUAUGUGUGUGCGUAGCAGUUGCAAAGUGAGGACAUAUUUGAAUAUUAGGAUGUUCUUUGUUUUUAGUAAAAAAAAUCUGAUCUGUAACUCAUAUAUAAAAGUGGCUACUUUUUUUAUAAAUAUUGUUCAUGGUUGCAGAACAGUUGUGGAGCUGCUAUACCUCAAGCUAUGCAAGCAGCAGAGUGUCUUUAUUCAUAGGCUGGACUUUUAUUGUGAAAAGACAUUGUUUUUUUUUCCUUCCAGAAAGCCAUAUAGCACUGAUGACUGCAGUCUGCAAAGUUGAAUAUUUUGCACUCGAAAAGACGGCAGUGAAUUGCUGAUGAGCCUUUGUGGUUCUGUGUUAAUACUAAACAGUAUGGCAGUAUUUGGGAUGUCAACAUAUGGUUAUAGAAUGCUGUAAAUGUUUGUUUUUUUAGGAUAUGAUGCUAUUUUGAAUGAAAAUACUUAAAAAAUGUUUUCCUUUUAAAUCAGUUUAAAUAAGAUGCUCUUUUAAGUAUUACGUUGUUGUGUUUCUGAAUGUUGAUAGAGUAGGUCAGUUAAUAAUAUCUAGGCUGUCCCUGCAGUGCAAUAAUGCUCAGGCACAUUCAGAGAAAAUUAUUCCUCUAUUGCCAUAAUUUACACACUGAUCUUUUUUUUAAUGAAAAUAUUGUUGUAGAUAUUGACUGGAAAAAGGAUCCGUAUGAACCCUUUUUUUAUAUUUCAGUACUUGUGUAAAUAUUUAUUAAGAAAAUGGAGGUGGGUCUCUACAUAUAUUAAUCAGCUUUCUAUUAUUUCUAAUAUAUCUACAUGUACUUUUAUAUGAAGUUAUUCCAACAUUAUACAACAAGGAUUUAUUGUACAAAGUGUCCAAUAAAAGCUCUAUUGGCUGCCA